CACAGAACAUGCAACCAGCUGGGUUCAAAAACAUGGAGUGCAUCAUACAUUCUGAAUGGAGUAUAUAAGGUGGACACUCUCCGACCCGAACAUUCGCUCUUUCCUGGGAAGUCGAUAACAACCACGGUGAUUCAGGCGUCGGCAGGCUGUCCACAGGUAAGUGGGGCAUUUGUACCAUGGGCCCACCGCAGUAUGUGGGGGGCAGCUGAGCGGCGAAAGGCAGAAAAAAAAAAGCGGUGAUGACGCCCUGAUGAUUUAGCAGCUCCCGCGUGCGGCGCCUCUGUCAGCACAACAAGAAAAGCCGAGACCUGCGACCACAGCGACAAUGCCUUCAACGUACAAAAAAGAUAAGCCGUGGGAUACGGAUGACAUCGACAAGUGGAAGGUUGAUCCCUUCACGCCCGCCGACAAUACCGGUGGCACGUUCGCCGAAGAGUCUUCCUUUGUUACUCUCUUCCCUAAAUAUCGGGAAGUCUACCUGAGGCAGUGCUGGCCACUGGUCACCAAGGCCCUCGAGCGCCAUGGCAUCGCGACGACGCUCGACUUGGUCGAAGGCUCGAUGACAGUCAAAACGACGAGAAAAACGUUCGACCCCGCUUCCAUCCUCAACGCCCGCGAUCUCAUCAAGCUCCUGGCCAGGAGUGUCCCAGCGCCGCAAGCAAUCAAGAUCUUGGAGGACGGAGUCGCCUGCGAUAUCGUCAAGAUCCGAAACCUCGUCGGCAACAAAGAGCGUUUCGUCAAGCGCAGACAAAGGAUACUGGGACCCAACGGGAGCACGCUCAAGGCGCUAGAGCUGCUCACGUCUACCUACAUCCUUGUCCAUGGAAACACCGUCUCUGUCAUGGGGCCGUUUAAGGGACUGAAGGAGGUGCGCAGGGUGGUGGAGGACUGCAUGGCCAACAUACACCCCAUCUACCUCAUAAAGGAACUGAUGGUCAAACGAGAGUUGGCCAAGGAUCCCGCCCUGGCAAACGAGUCUUGGGACAGGUUCCUGCCCAACUUCAAGAAGAGGAGUCUGAGCCACCGGAGGGUACCGCACAAGGUCACAGACAAGUCCAAGAAGACAUACACGGCCUUUCCCCCGGCGCCGGAGAAGAGCAAAGUCGACCUCCAGAUCGAGAGCGGAGAGUAUUUUCUCGGCAAAGAGGCCAAGCAACGGGCGGCUGAGGCAGAGAGGCAAGAGAAGGCUAAGGAGAGGAAGGAGGAGCGGAAGCGAGAACGCGAGAAGGAUUUCGUGCCUCCGGAGGAACCUGGGGCCAAGCCCAAGAAGAGGAAGACGAAGGCUUGAGGGUGGGGGUGAACGACCAGGCAAACACACCAUCAUCAGCUGGGAGGGGACAGCCGCGAGCGUUGUCAUUCAUCGCGAAUCUCAAUGGCGUGUGGUAGGCGACAACCAACCAGUCCACGGACCCCUCGACUCCCAUCCCUCCGAGCGAGAGCAACACCAGACUUUUAAUCAGUAACAAGAUAGGGGAAUAUACCCAUGAUAGCACGCUGCAAUAGCCCAGCGAGACGUCUAUUGUUUGUUCGUACCGGAGAUACGUCUUAUUACCUCUCUUUGCUGGUUGAAAUGCAGCUCGGCGUGGCAAUAGCGG